AUGGAUCUCAUUCGCACAAAAAUCGCACUCUUGGCUCUCUAUUCUAGACUCUUCGUCAUUGUUCUUUCUGUGCUUGCCAAUCUAGUCAUUCCGGAUCACGAUGCAGGCGUGUUUCAAUGGACCUACUCUCCAUCCAGGAAUGGGUCCACAUCCUGGCCGGAUUUCGUGGUCGACACUCUGACCGACGGACUCACCCGUUGGGAUGGACAAUACUUCCUGCACAUUGCCAACAGUGGUUACACGUACGAAAACACCCUGGCCUUCUUUCCUCUCUAUCCGGCGUGUGUCCGUGUUGCGGCCGAAAUCAUUUAUUGGACUCAAGUGGACUACGGUUUGAUUCAUUUCUCGAGCGCCCUCAAAUUGGGAGCCGUGGCAGUGAAUGUGCUCUUCUUCGUCUUGGCCACGCUAGUGCUUCUGGAGCUGUCUCGUAAAGUGCUCAAAGACGAGAGAUUGGCUUAUCGAGCUGCAUUGUUCUUUUGCAUCAACCCGGCCAGUAUCUUUUUCACGGCGGCCUAUUCCGAGUCACUUCACGCCUUGUUGUCGUUCUAUGUGAUGCUCAAAGUUGAGCGGGCCUUCACUUUUCAAAUGGGCAUUCUUUUGGCUCUUUCCACGGGGGUUCGAUCGAAUGCCUUGUUAAAUUUGGGCUUUGCUGCUUACAAGGGUGUCAAAGUAAUUGCACGAGAACUAGUCAUUCAUCGGAGAUUGAAGCAAUUGGGCCGGGCCGAGAUGUCCGAGACAAUAGUCAACAUCAUCGGAGAUGGAGCCGUACCCUGCCUUUGUAGUGCGUUUAUGUCACUUCUACCCUUCUUGUUGUUCCAAUGGUAUGCCUUCACAGAAUAUUGCGGUGUGACCAAACCUCGGAUGGAUUUUGGCGAGAACAUUGAGGAGUACGGUCAAAUCCACCAUUUAAAAAUGCCUGAUGCUGAUCCAUCGGUCUGGUGUCACGGAAGCAUCCCAGUUCCCUAUUCUUAUGUCCAGUCUCAUUACUGGAAUGUCGGAUUUCUACGAUACUUCCAAUUUAAACAAAUCCCGAAUUUCUUCCUGGCAUUUCCGCUUUUUUACAUCAUUGGCACGCAAGCCAUCAGAUUCUUCAAGUGCCAUCAAUUUUACAGUUCCUACUUGGGCUUGACUUACUUUGCCCUGGAUCCCGCGCAAAAGGUCCCACCCCAAGAUACCUACAAAUCUCGGAUCCUCCCUCGAGAGUGCUUUGUCUAUAUCGUGCAUGUGACUGCCCUCUCCAUGUUUUGCCUCUUUUGCGUCCACGUGCAAAUAUCCACACGCAUGAUAUGUUCUAGCUCCCCUGUCUUGUAUUGGUUGGCAGCCCUCUUGACCACGCCCUCAUACGUCCGCCCAUUGCCUCUGACGGACUUAACUAAACACCAGGUGGCGCUCCAAUUGGAGACCCCCGCCAAUUUGGAACAUCCAUGGAAAUCGAUUGUAACCCAGGAGAGGUGGGACUCGACAUCUGAGAACAAGUUCUUCCGGAUCUAUUUUGCUGGCUAUGCCAUUGUUGGAACUAUUCUCUUUUGUAAUUUCUUACCAUGGACAUAA